ACAUUCCCUCCUUUCAUUUUCUUCAAACCGGUGCAAGUAUAAACAUCAUUCAUUGCCAAUUUUCAGGUGAAGAAGAAAACCUCAACUCUUCACCACCGUUUCACCUGUUUUCUCACUCAAAUCUUCAAGAUCCUACCAUGUCACCCACACUCAAAGAUUAUCGAUCCCCAUCAUCUUCAUCGCAGCCUUCUUAUUUCCAAAACCCUAACCCUAGCUUUCAAAAAUGUCAUACUGAUUCAGGUAUAUUCAAUACUACUUUCAAUCCUAUCAAUUUCAGUGUUAGUGAACUUGAUUUUGAUUGUUCCAAGGACGCGGCGGCGCCGCCCGCCGCUCGUCCGCCCAGGCGGAAGCUUGUGAAGGUGAAAAAACAUUCAGUCAGUUCAAAACGUGUUGAUAGUAGAGAGAAAACUGUUGAUUUUGUGUUUAAUGGUGGCUCUGUGUGUAAUCGGAGCUUAGGGGAAACUGUGAGUGGUGGUGAUGGUGAGUCUUUGGAUGUUAAUAUGUUGAAAUUUAAUAUGGGAUCUAUUAAUGAUGUUAAAUCGGCUAAAAGGGUCGAUGAAAUGGCGGAUACCGGAAGAGUUAGUGAUAGUGGUGGUGAGAAGUUUGGGAAACCUAAUGGUUUGGAGUUUGUGUUUGGUUCGAGUAUGAACGAUGGUGUAGUGAAGCCGAGUUUGAGCAACGUUGGGCGUGAAAAUGGGUCGGGUGGUGUAGGAUUGCGUGUUGAUGAGAGUGAAUCUAAUGGCUUGACGACUGAGGUGGAUUCCUUUUUGGCUAGUUCGAUAUCAAGCUUGAAUCUUGGAACAGGGGAAGCGGUUGAUGUUGCGAACUUGAUGAAGGAUAGUUCCAAGACACCGGAGAAUAAUGCAUCAGAUGGGAAAAGUUCUGUAAAUCUGGACUUUGUGUUUUCUACUGAUCGUACAGAUGUUCAGACAGAUGUGAAUUAUCAAAAAGAAGAAUCUAAAGAGACGGUUGACAAGCCGGUUUCUGAUGGAACGGGAACAUCAAUUGAAGGGUUGGGAAAGGAAGGAUUCCGGAUGGGUUCUUCGGAGAUAAAUUCUGGUGAUGGUGCUAACGGGAAUGUAGAUAGUGGAACGAUGUUUGGGGACAACAAAGUAUACGGAUCUUUUCAUGUUGGAAAUGAAAAUAUAAAAAGAUCUAGCUGCAAGGGAAGAAGGAAGUUUAAUAAGCAAAUGAACAAUUUGAAGAGCGAAGGAGCUGGAAGCCGUGAGUACUUUAAGAAACAAGACGAUAAUAAAGAUUCUGUUGGUAAUGGUAACUUCAGUUUUAGUUUUGGAAGUUAUACAGGCAAUGCUUCCAGUGAUAUCCCUCAAUCUAAAGUCCCUGAUGAGUCGGUUCCAUCCUCAUCAUCGUUUUCAACCAAUGAAGCUGGAAUAACCAAUAACUUCAGCUUUACUAGUAACAUUGGUGUAUUUGGGACUUCAUUUACGGGCUUUAAUACACCCGAUAUAAAUUUAGCGAGCCCGUUCACAUCAGACAUGUUUUCCGGUUUAGGUAAGAAGUUAGAUUUCAGCAAAACCAAUUCUGUCGGUCAACGAAAAUUAAAAAAGACCAAGACAAAAUUAAGGCAGCAAGUUAGGAACCAUCAGCAGGGUGGUCGUAAUUUAUCCAAAGACGUCCCACAGUCGUUUGAAGAAUCUUCUGGAUGUUCACCGAUGGAUUUCUCUCCUUACGGUGGCACUGAAGGCGUAUCAACUUCGAAUAACCCUGCAACCUCUAAGUUAAAAAAUGAAGAAGCUGUUGAUACUACAGAGAACAUCAGUGCAAACAACUUUUCAUCAUCGCCUGCCACAUCAUUUGUUGAAGCUGAUGCGUCAGCAAGACAGCGGUCUCAUCGAAAGAAAUAUAUCAUAAAAACUGGUCAGGGUGUGAAACAUGCAACUCCAAAAGUAUCCCGUGCGCAUGAAUCUACUAGCGGGAAGCAAACAAAGGAUUCAGAUCAGGAAAUAUGCGACAAAUGGCGAAAAAGGGGAAACCAGGCUUAUAAAAAAGGCGAUUUAUCAGAAGCUGAGGUUUGUUAUUCAAAGGGUAUUAGUUCAAUACAGCAUACCGAGACGUCUGCUUUUUGUAUAGAGCCUCUUCUUUUGUGCUAUAGCAAUCGUGCAGCUGCACGUAUGGCUCUUGGAAGGUUAAGGGAAGGUUUAAAGGACUGUAGAACAGCUGCAGCAUUAGACCCUACCUUUGUUAAGGCCAACGUGAGAUCUGCAAACUGUCAUUUACUUCUUGGAGAGCUAGAGGAUGCAUCAUACAACUAUAGCAAGUGCUUAGAGUCGGAGAACAUUGUUUGUUUGGAUAGAAGACUUGCUAUUGAAGCUGCUGAUGGUCUGCAGAAGGCACAGAAAGUCGCAAGCUAUCUGAAGCAGUCUGCGGAGCUUCUGCAACAGAAAACCUACGAGUCAGCAAUGACUGCAUUGGGAAUUAUUUCUGACGCUUUGUCCUUAAGCUGUUAUUCGGAGAAAUUACUUAAUAUGAAGGGAGAGGCUCUCUGUGUGUUAGGGAAGCAUAAAGACGUAGUUCAGUUGUGCGAGCAAACUCUAGAUGCAGCCGAAAAGAAUUUUGCAACUGAAUCGAAGCUUUGGAGGUGGAAUCUGAUGUCAAAGUCGUACUUUCAUUUGGGUAGGCUUGACAUAGCUCUUGACUUCAUUGAGAAACAUGAGCAGUUGAGACCUACUGCAGACAAGAGUGUGGACCCUACAGAGUCAUUAACUUCUCUGGCUGUUACUAUACGUGAGCUUUUACAUUGCAAGAAUGCAGGAAAUGAAGCCUUUCAGAAUGGUAAGCACACGGAAGCAAUAGAGCAUUAUUCAGCUGCAAUAUCAAAGAGUAUGGAAUCACACUCGUUUGCAGCUGUCUGUUUCUGCAAUCGUGCUGCUGCACACCAAUCUUUGGGUGUAAUUAUUGACGCCAUUGGAGAUUGUAGCGCAGCUAUAGCUCUUGAUGGAACUUACCCAAAGGCACUUUCUAGAAGGUCUACCUUAUGGGAGAUGAUUAGAGACUACAAACAUGCAGCCGAUGAUCUUCAGAGACUCGUAUCUAUUCUUGAAACGCCGUCAGGUGAGAAUUCUAAGAAGUCUAAUGGCAGUGUGAAGGAUCUAAGAAAAGCCCGCCGCCGGCUUUCUUCUAUUGAAGAGAACUCAAAAAAAGAAAGGUCGCUAGAUCUUUACCUCAUUCUGGGAAUAAAACCUUCAGACACUGCAGCGGAAGUUAAGAAGGCGUACAGGAAAGCAGCUCUCAGACAUCAUCCGGACAAGGCUGGUCAGGUGAUUGCAAGAGCUGAAAGCGGAAGUGAUGGGCAAAAAUGGAAAUUAAUUAUGGAAUCAAUUCAAAUAGACGCCGAUAAACUCUUCAAGAUGAUUGGAGAAGCAUAUGCUGUGCUUUCAGAUUCCACCAAGAGGUCAAAGUAUGAUCUGGAAGAGGAAAUGUGGGAUGACAUGAACACACAUGCCUGUAGCAGUAGCAGAAGGGGAUCUGACUUUUACAGUUCUCCGUAUGAGACCAGCAACCGGAGAAAUUCAUACUAUUCAACAAAGACCUACGGUAACUCCCACUAUCACUAUUGGGAGGACUCGAGAAAGAAUUACCAUAGCUCUUACCCUCGUUGGUAAACCGUAAAUCCCUAACAAAAUUAUUUUUUGGUUCUUUAAAAGCGGGAUUAACCGACUCCUGUGGUCUCCAAACAUUAAGAAAUGAUCAUCUUUUUUCUGGUAGUCGAGUUACAUAAGAAAUACGUUUAGGUCCUCGAAUCUUACACACAACCUAUAUAUAUAUACAAAGUGAAAUAGGUACCCAAGCAAGAUGAUAAUUGGAUCCUUCGCCCCAAUUUUUUUAUUGUUAAACCUGAGAACCUGUUACCGGAAAACUCAUUGGACAUGUUCUAGCCAACGGGAUCAGGUAAAACGCAGCUUGCACUGGGUAGGUGGUCUUAACGACUCCACCCUAGUUUGUUGUCCAUUAAAUCUUGUUGCUUGCUACUCGUAUGCUUGGUAUUUUUGUUAUAUAGUUUGUUGAUGAUUCUUGAAACGAUCGAGGUGGUGUACUAAAUGAAUGAUGUGUUUCUUAUUUCCUUAAUGAUCCAAGUUGAACUCAAAAGAAAACUUUCAUUCAACAA